GGUACGCAAUUAAAAGUCCGAAAGGAAUUAAAGAUAAGUCCUAAAAAGUAAAGUGCCUAAGCUGGGAUAAUUUCCUUUAGAAAAUUUCGGCAUUCUUUUCUCAUCAGCCGUUUUCCGUUAUCUCGCAACUUUCCGAGGAUUUCACCCAGACUAGUUCCACUCAACUACUAGAUACACUCAAGUCUAAAUCACGCCUUCUGAGAUUUUUUAUAUAUAGUUCACUCAUCCUACUAGGCAGAAAAGCACAAAUUUUGUAAAUUUCAUUGCAUUCAGGAAAAAGCCCUACUUUCAAGGAGGAGUAUACAAAUUACUAACUGCUAUGACUCUUGCAGACAAACUAAGAUGGCUUGAAGUGCCACACCCAGAAAAAAAAGUCCUCACGGUAUUAAAGAAUCCAGAUUUAGAGCCUAUGCCAGAGGAUAGACGUCUUUGGGGAUUUUGGGCUUAUUUCGGUUAUUGGUCAGUGCCUAACGUUUCAAUCUUCACCUAUUCGAUUGGUUCAUCACUAUUAGUUCUUGGAUUGAAUAUCCAGCAAACAAUGGGCGCUGUUACUAUUGGCAACAUUCUAAUCAUUACCUAUACAACGCUUAAUUCAACGCCUGGUUCAAAGUUUAAAAUUGGGUUCACCAUGUGCCAGAGAAUGAUUUUUGGCAUUUUUGGUUCUUACCUAGGAAUCCUUAUUAGAAUACUGUUAUCCAUUGUGUACUACGCUUCCAUGUCCUGGCUAGGGGCGUUGGGGGUUGUUGUCAUGCUCUCUUCUUGGAGCAAAAGCUACAUGAACAUGGAAAAUACCUUUCCAGAAGGACUUAACAUGACCAAAAGAGACUUUACUGCAUUUUUUUGCUUCAAUGUGAUUGAGUUUUUCUUCUUUUUCAUAAAACCAGAAAAAAUGGGGCCUUUAGUCAAUGGGUCGUGCUUCAUCACAUUGGUAGCUAUGCUUGGUGUUUUUGGUUACGAGUUGCACAAGUGUUAUGUGCUAACAGGUGGACCGGGAUCGAUGUGGUAUGAGCCCGUCUCGCUCCCUAAAUCGGAAAUUGGAUGGGCAUGGUUGGAGGCAGUGACCGUGUUCUAUGGUGCAGUUUCGCCUAAUUGUACCAACAUGAGUGACUACUCUCGUUUUUCCAAGAACUCAAAGCAGAUGUACCUUGGUAUAAUUUUAUCUAUUGCCAUGACCGGCACAUUGAUUCCAAUCAUGGGAAUGGUCACUGCAUCAAAUACUCUGGAAAACUAUGGAACAGCCAUGUGGCUUCCAACAGACGUGUGUUUGCAAUGGAUGGCAGACGAUUAUUCUGCAGGAACAAGGGCAGCUGCUUUCUUUUGUGGAUUGGCAUUUGCCUCUUCACAACUUACUUUCAAUGUGCUAGCCAAUGGGUUUGCCGGUGGCAUGGAUUUAUCAGGAAUCUUCCCACGAUACAUCAACAUUUUUAGAGGGGCGGUGAUAACCGCCCUUAUCUCGUGGGCAUGUCAGCCAUGGAACUUUUAUAACACUGCGUCAGUAUUCAACAGCGUUAUGGCAUCCUUUGGUGUUGUCAUGUCACCUAUCAUGGGGAUCAUUAUAUCAGACUUCCACUUGGUCAGAAAGCGGAGGAUUAGAGUCAGUCACUUGUAUUCUUUAGACAAAAGCAAAGACUUUUGGUACUCUUUUGGUUUCAAUUGGAGGGCAUAUUUAUGUUUUUUUGCAGCCAUGGUUCCUGGACUACCAGGAUUAGCGGCCGUGGUGAAUCCAAGUAUUUCUCUCCCUAUUGGGCUUAUCCACUACUUCGACAACAGCACGGUCUUCUCCUUCUUCUGUCCACUUAUUUUAUAUUACGUCAUUUGCCGUUUUUUCCCCGUGCAAGGUGCAGGUGAAACCGAUGAGAUUGACUACUUUGACGUGUUCACUGAUAAAGAGUUACAAGAACUUUCCAUGCGGCCCUAUGAGGAGGGCUGUGAGUUUGAGGGUAUGCUUCCUCUUGAUCGGAUGCAUACAGGCAGCGACGCCAGUGAUUUCAUUGAAGGCAUCGAUGGCACUGAUGCCGCUGGUUCAGAGAAUGACAAGGACUGCGAAAAGGUGUCCUACAUUUUUCAGCAAAAAAGGUGAUCCCCUCCCCCCUUCUAUUUCCGCCGUUUACCAUUUACUUUUGAUACCUUAAGUGUUUUUACUUUUCCGCUUUUCGUUUUUUCAAUCUUUGUAUCAAACAUUUAAAAUAUAUCCCUUUUGCGUGCCUCUGUCUGUCUUAUCUCCAUCGGGU